CCCUGGACUAGGGAGGAAGAUCAAAUGAUUAUUGAGCAUGUCCAGCGGCAUGGAACCAAGUCUUGGUCUCUGCUAGCCGGUUCAAUUCCAGGAAGGACGGGAAAGCAGAUGAGAGAAAGAUGGCACAAUCAGCUCGAUCCAAACAUCAGAAAGGACCCAUGGACCACCGAGGAGGAUCAAAGGCUUCUCAUGGCUUAUCAGCGGUAUGGAUCAAGAUGGGCCGAGAUCAGCAAGCUGUUUCCUGGGAGGACUGACAACUCAAUCAAGAACCGAUGGUAUGGGAAUGUUCGCAAAGGGACUCGCUCCCUGGAGAAGCAACAAGGCCAAGGAGAGUCGAUGCCUUCCUACAGUGCAGCGGACGGGACAGUGAUCUAUGGCAGCGGCCCUGUACCAGGUGACGCGAUGAGCUAG